AGUGGUUUGCUUUGGAAGGCUGCUGAUCUUACAUCUACCAGCGCUUUCCGAUGCCCCCCGACUGCUGCGCUUCCCCCCCGUUGCGAGCUCCGUAACGCGCUGAUUACAGAGUCUGCCGGGGUCACACUUUCUUUCCCCAGGUGGGGUGUAUGGACUCUGCCGAUGCAGUAACAGGGUCUCUGGCUGUCCGGUUCCGUCCACAUGAGCCGGGCUUCAGGCUAACCGGGGUGGCUGUCCGAUCGGCCGGGGACUUCAUGGAUGUAUUUGGGGAUGGCUUGCGCCAGGAGAACCAAAAGUUUGGUGUCGACGUGCGUGAUCCUGAGCGGCAUGACCAACAUUGCGUGCCUGCUGUAUGUCGGAUGGGUCACUAAUUACAUCGCCAACGUGUACGUCCGGACCCCGGAGCCGGUACCGGAGAAAAAGGCAGAUGGGGGUGGCAAAGGAGGGGAAACUUUACGGAUUAUCGAGAGACUUAACCGACUCGAGAGUGUGGUCAACAAACACAUUCAAGAGACUCCCCAAAAACCGGACGAAGGCGGCGGCAGCUCCUUGUCGGACUCCUCGCUGUUCACACGCUGGGGUCGCGACCUCAGCCCCGAUGGCCGGCGCACGGCACUGAUGCAGUUCCAGUACUAUGGGUACAACGGCUACCUCAGCGACCGGCUGGCGCUGGAUCGGCCGAUCCCGGACCUCAGGCCUGACGGGUGCAGGAAUCUGUCGUACGCUAGCCAGCUCCCCCAGCUCAGUAUUGUCUUCAUCUUCGUGAACGAGGCCCUGUCAGUGGUGCUGCGCUCUAUCUGCUCAGCCAUCCGAAGGACCCCCUCCCACCUGCUCAAGGAGAUCAUCUUGGUGGACGACAACAGCAGCAACGAGGACCUGAAGGGGAACUUGCAGGCGUUUGUUGCCGAGACGAACAGCCAGCGGCCCGGCCUCAUCAGAGUGGUGCGGCACACGAAGCGGGAGGGGCUGAUCCGCGCACGGGUGAGCGGCUGGCGUGCGGCUACUGCCCCUGUGGUGGCGCUCUUUGAUGCCCAUGUGGAGUUCAACGCAGGCUGGGCGGAGCCCAUCCUGCAGAGGAUUAAAGAGGACCGGACCCGUAUUGUGUCGCCGUCGUUUGACAACAUCAAGUACGACACGUUUGAGGUGGAGGAGUACCCACUGUCGGCCCAAGGCUUCGACUGGGAACUGUGGUGUCGAUACCUGAAUCCGCCCAAGUCCUGGUGGAACCUAGCCAAUCACACCGCCCCAAUCAGGAGUCCAGCUUUGAUUGGAUGCUUCGUGGUGGACAGGGAGUACUUUGAGGAAAUCGGCCUCCUGGAUGAAGGGAUGGAGGUCUACGGAGGUGAAAAUGUGGAGUUGAGUGUGAGGGUGUGGCAGUGUGGGGGCAGUGUUGAGGUGCUGCCCUGUGCCCGCGUCGCCCACAUCGAGCGCGCCCACAAGCCCUACACGGAGGACCUGACGGCCCACGUGCGCAGGAACGCCCUACGUGUAGCCGAAGUCUGGAUGGAUGACUUCAAGAGCCACGUUUACAUGGCCUGGAACAUUCCGCAGGAGGACUCCGGGAUCAACAUUGGCGAUGUCUCUGAGCGAAAGGCCCUAAGGAAACGACUACAGUGCAGAACGUUUCAGUGGUACCUGGAGAACGUCUACCCAGAAAUGAGGGUCUACACCAGCACCGUUGCAUAUGGUGUGCUGCAAAACUCUCUUCGGAGUGACCUGUGUCUGGACCAGGGACCGGAUACCGACAACAUCCCGAUCCUGUAUGUGUGUCAUGGAAUGACUCCCCAGAAUGUGUACUACACCAGCAGCCAGCAGCUGCACAUGGGUGUGCUCAGCCCCACUAUCGACGACGACGACAACAAGUGUCUGGUGGACGUGAACGGCAAGCCGCGGCUCCUCGAGUGCGGCUACGCCAGGGCCCGCCGCAUGAAGCUCGAGUGGCUCUUCAUUCAGGGAGGCGCCAUCCAGAACAAGAAGUCUAAGCGGUGUCUGGAGUUGAAGGAGAAGAGCGACAGCGAGUCUGGGUAUCAGCUGGCCCUCCAGCAGUGCUCUGGUCAGAGCUGGAGCAUCACUAACCUGCUGGUGGACAGGUCUUCAUGAUGAGGGUGCUCUGGAGGUGAGGCCCUCUGCUGGUGAGGUCCUGCUACUGCCAUCCCUUGGAUGAACAGGGAUGCCUGAUCCAUCUGAAGUCCCAGAAAAGACUGAUCAUGAUCAUGAACAUCUACAAAGGUGGUCAUGAACAUCUGGUGGUCCUUAAAGUCUCUCACAUAAAGACAUGAAAUAAAAUGUUAACUUUUUUUUCCGGGUAUUUCAGCAUCUGAUCGACCACGCUUGGUUGACAUUUUUAAAGGAUCAUUUUGCAGUUUAUUUGCAGUUUGAAUUCACUGUGGACUCAGCUUACCUCUGCUACCAUGUAGCAUGAGGUUUAGACAGACGGUUGUUAGUAAAUCCUUUUGCCCCUCAGGUCAGUAAGGCGGUUUGCUACAGAUUUGCGCUGUACAGUUUCAAGGAAACAGCAAUAUGCUGGAAUACUGUAUAUCAGACCGGAUAUUUUCUAUUUGUAAAUUUGAAAUUUAUUUAUAAUACCUGACAGUAAAAGUACUGAUGCUGGA